AGGCAGCCGGCAGACCCUGGAGAAGUGAAGCAGGGAGAAACUGCCUGACGCCUGAGAAGGACAGCCCAGGACAGGAGCCAGGAGGGGCACUGUGCCAGGGGGCAAUCGCCCGAGCAGGACAGGCUGGAGCUGGACCCAGCAUCACGGCUGCCCAGAGCUGCGUGGGGCUGCAACGAAGAAUAAAUUAGCUGAGCUUUUGGAAGUCCUGAAAGAGGUGAAGUUUUCCUUAUUCACUGACAGAGGAAUUUGAAAUCACAGGUCAUCUCACAGAGAAACAGGAAAGCAAAAAUGGAAAUAUUUCAUAAACACAAGGGUGAAGGUAAAAUCAGAAUUUCCCAUGAACUCUCAGAAGGGGAAAAAUUAGGAACAAGUAACAGAAAAGUGAGGGUGAAGAAAUGCCUGGAUAGCCUUGGGAUUCCCUGUAAUCUGGAUGAUGUGCCCAAUAUCGCCAUCCUGGGAGCUGGUGGAGGUCUGCGUGCCAUGAUCGCCCUUCAUGGAACCCUGCAGGAGCUACAAAAGCAUGGUCUCUUGGACACCAUCAUGUACUUGUGUGGGGUCUCAGGUUCAACUUGGUGUAUGUCAUAUCUCUACAAAAGUGGGGACUGGACAGAGAAAUUGCAGGCCUUGGAGGAAAGUAUGUGCACUAGACUUUCCAAAUACACCUGGAGUGUCCCAAAGGCAACAAAAAUGCUUCUCGAGGCAGCUAAAGAUGAAAAUUACUCCCUGACUGAGUUCUGGGCCUACACUGUGGUCUAUGGAAUGUUACAUGACCUGGACAAGGGACAUUUGUCUGAGCAGCAGAGUGCUUCUGAGAAUGGAAAUAAUCCCUACCCCAUCUAUGCAGCAGUGGAUGAGCGAAGUUUUUCCAAAGUAACUGAAUACUCUCCAGCAACCUGGUUUGAGUUCACCCCCCAUGAAGCCAGCUUCCUUGGCUAUGGAGCAAGUGUACCCAUGGAAUACUUUGGAAGUGAAUACAAGAAUGGGGAACUAAAGAAGCAGAAAGAAGAGAAAAACAUGAGUUACCUACAAGGUUUGUGGGGAAGUGCCAUUGGCAGCAGAACAGAAAAUGAAAAAGUAAUAAAAGAUAUAUUCUUUGGCUUCUUUAAGGGAGAAAAGGAAUCAUAUUCACCAUCUAAAGAAAGUUGUCCGGAAGGAAUAGUCAAGGGAUUUUCAGUACCCACCACUGAACCUGAAGCUGGUGAUAUGGAUGGCUCAUUGCACAGUGAGCCAGCAGGAGCUUCACCAGGAGGCUUUUCACCAGAUACUAAGAACAAGCCAAUUACUGGAAACAUAAAAUGCGGAGUAGGCUCAGUGGUGGAUUUCGCUAGAAUGUGUCAAAAAACCACUCAUGGUCUCUUGACCUGGAAAUGGGGAACGAAUAAUAACUUUCUUUACAAAUGUUCUGCUCUUGACUCUACUGAGUUGGUGAAGGAUAAAGUCAUCUCCUUGGUAGAUGCUGGAAUAGCCAUAAAUUGUGCUUUCCCUCUGGUUCUCCGCCCGGAAAGGAAAGUGAAACUGAUCCUGUCCUUUGACUAUGGCCCUUUUGAACCAUUUAAGGCCCUCAAGCAAACUGCCAAAUACUGUAAGGAAAACUGCAUCCCAUUUCCUGAGAUAGACGAGAAAUUGCUCCAAGAGCCAGAUAACCCCUCCGACUGCUACAUCUUCAGAGGAGAGGGUGCUCCAACCGUCAUGCACUUCCCACUUUUCAACAGAGUUAAUUGCCCGGCCUAUGUGACGGAAUGGAGAAUUAGAUUCACCCCUGUUCGCUGUCUCUACCAUGUGGGAGACAUCACCAAACUCCUUCAAUCAGCCAGACUAAAUGUAUUGAACAAUAAAGACAAGAUCCUACAAGAGAUCAAAUACAUUGUGGCUCACUCCAGCAAGGAGGCAAGCUCUUAAGAAGACUUUUUCAUCUCUGCUUUGCAUACAUUAAAGCCACCCAGUUGAUUUUGCGAACUACAGAAUUGUCAUUUGGCUGGAAAAUGUCAUCAUUUGGAAUCACAGUGAGGAGAGGAGUCUCAGCUUCUGCUGUGAAAGCACUAGUACCUAGUUCGUGAGUUAACCCUGUAACUUGACUGCACUUUACUUCAGCAAUUCUGAUUCUGCGCAUGAGUCAAAGAAAAAUUCUCUCUUGGUAUUCUUUGCUUGCUGUUUUGAAUUAUUGCUCAAUCUGUCUCUGCUCUGUGUGAUGCCAGAUGCCUUUGUCUCCUGAUGCACAAUUCAUGUUCAAUCAAUAAAGCCUAUAAAAUCGCAUCAUUUGCACAUAGUGCCUCCAGCCUAGAAAUAGCCUGCAAAAGCACAAGCACGUAAGACCUGUGGUA